GUAAAUAAAAGGUUGAUGCAGAAAGAAUCAUCCACUGCAGCAGAGGGCGCUAAAGAAGCAGCAAUCUGAGCGUUUCAAGUCUCCAACAGAGUAUUUGCAUAAUCAUCGGUACCAUCGGUGAAGUCAUUCCGGACCCGAGUGUCGUCAUGUCGGAGACGUUGUCGCUCAGAGAGCUGGUCAACAAACGUCUGGCGGCGGCAGCGGAAGACAUCCUCGGACUGGUGGAGAAAACCAUCGCCGAAUAUCAGAGUGAAGUGGUCCGGUCCAGCGCUGAGAUCGUCCGUCUGAAACAGGAGGUGGAGCAGCUCACAGCCGGAGCGGCUACGCCCAGAGCAGACACUGUCACUGUCGCUGAGAAAACCUGUGCUCAGGAGAAAAACACCCGGAGUCAGAGCAGUGACCUUCAGCAGGUUAAAGAGGAGGAGCAGGUGGAUCUCCCCAUCAACCCUGACCUGGAGGUCGGUUCAUCCAAGGAUGUCAAAGACAGACUACAAGAAAACAAGCAAACUCAGACAGACUCUGAGGCCAUCUCAGCACCUUUGGACAUCAGGACCUUGACUCUUGGUGAAGACGACGAGCGCCGUGUCGUCGCCGUCUCCAUCAACAGGGAAGAAAAGAAGACUUGUCGUUUCUGUCGGAAGCGUUUUAAGAACGACUCGGCCCUCGUCAAGCACGUGGACGAGGUUCACCCCGGAAAGAAAGCCUAUAAGUGUCAAGAGUGCGGGAAGGAGUGUCACCGCAAAGACCACCUGGCCACGCAUCUCCGAGUUCACACGGGGGAGAAACCGCACCAGUGCCCCUUCUGUAAAAAGUUAUUUGCCCAGACUUCCAAUCUCAACGUUCACAUCAGGGUGCACACGGGCGAGAAGCCCUAUUUCUGCAGAACCUGUGGUAAAAAGGUGGCUCACAGUACCCACCUCAGACACUGUGGCGCUCCGGAGUCAUCCGGGGAGAAACCGUUUCGAUGUUUGGUUUGUGGCAAAAAGUUUCUGACCGCGGCAGAUCUGAAGGUGCACAUGGAGAUCCACUGGGCGAGGAAUCCAAACGCUGAUGCUACAGUCUGACGCCUCAGAUCAGGGCUGUCAAAUUCGUUUUGGUUCAAACUAAUGAACCUAUAAAUAAUAACCUACAGCCUUUCCCCCCCUUUGUUUUCAUGCAAAAAAGUACAUUACAUCCAUUUUGAUAUUUGAUGAAAUAUAAAAGUGUUUGUGUAUUUUAUUUUCAAAUACAUCAAAUGGAACGGAUUGAAACCCCAAGCAGGCAGGUUUUGGACCGCGGGCCGUAUGUUUGACAGGCCUGCGUUAGACUGAAAGAGCUUUUUUAUAUUACAAAUAUAAUAUUUGUAUAUAAAUUGUAUAUAUGUAUUUAUUUUUUUCUAAAGAACAAAUCAGACGUGUGUGUGAAAUGUAAUUCAGUCUGUAAAUGUUGUAACUGUUUGAUACAAUAAAAGUAGUUUUUUGUGAAGGGAUUAGCCUGAAAAUACUCAAAUAUAGCCAUAAAACUAAACGUUAGCCAAGACGGUUAACAACUACACAUAAGAAAAAUUCAGGAAAAAUUGCCAAAUAACCCUAUUCUACAUUAACCUUAACUAAUGCAAUGGUAUUGAUUUAAA